CCAUUCGCACACAUUCUUAUUACGCGGUUACUUUCCAGCAGCUCGCUUUGUUGCCAUUGGAAGAUAGUUUUUUUUUUGUUAGAUCUUACACCUCAAAGAGCAAUGUUAUGAAAUAGAUUUUGUAACUAAUUUUGUAUUUCGAAUCGAAUAUUUUGUUAGCAUUUUCCACUCCCUCCCUUUCGUAACGCCACGUAACGGCCGACUGUGAUGUUAGUGCGUAAUGCUCGUGAAGCGUCUGUUUUGUUCGUACGCAAAAGCACUAAACCGAUUGCAGCGUGCACCGAGCGGUAGUAAACACGCCCCCUCCGAUUACAACGAUGUUGCGCCGUUCGAAUGCCGUCCCUUGGUGCGGUGCUUCAGCAUCGAUGCGCACCAUCCACCCGAUGAUGGACAAAAGCCGGUAAUGGUGUCACUGUACCACAUGAAGAAAAUAAUCAAAGCUUCCGGUACGGUGCUGGGCGAAAGUGUCGAAGGGCCCACCUGCAUACAGACGGUGUGUCCCGUGUGUCACGUCGUACCGGGGGGUGCGGAGGGAAAGCCCAUCAGCGACGCGAUACGGAGUAAAAUAUUUGUGAACAAAACGACGGGCAAUUUUACGUGCUCGUCGUGCCAGUAUCUCGGCCGAUGGGAUCAUAUAGAGAAGUUUUUUCCACCGACCAGCCGGACGCCGAAGACGGUGCAGGAGUUGCGCAAGCUGAGGGAUGCCUUUCUCGAGCUGAAAGGCGAGCACGUGGGUACGGUGUGUCCUAUCCCAGACGAUGCGAUUGCGGUGGACACGGUGGAGAGAGCGCGAGAGGUUAUUAAGUUCCUUAGCUUGGAGAAUAUAAUUCCCGACACACUAGUGAGCGUGAAAGCACGCUGGAACGAGGGAAAACGGGAACUCUUCAUACCACUGGUGGACGUGGAGGAUCGUGCGAUCGGUUACAAGACGCUCCACGUGGGUCCCGAUGGAGAAGUAUGUGAACGAACCGUACCAGAAACGAAUGCCAGCGGUCUCAUUUAUCUUAGAUGUAACCCUUCAAACCCAGUAGCGAAGGCCAAAGACCUUAGUCAACACAAUGCCAUACUCGUACUUAACGUGCUCGAUCUGCUUGCCCUGGGCAGUGUGAAGCUAAACGCCACGGCAGUAUGUCUUCCGCACGGUCUUAAAACACUACCUCAACAGUGUCUGCCCGGGUUGGAACGGUUCCAGCGGUUAACGCUGUGGUUCAACUACGACACCGCCGGCUGGGAUACGGCCCGUAACUACGCCAAGAAGCUGGACGAGCGAAGGUGUCUGUUUGUGCGCCCGACCGAUCAGCAUCCAACGCCGUACCGGGCGCUGCUGGAAGGUACGCUCGAACCAAAGGCAAUCCUCUCGAAAGCGCAACCGAUCCUACACCAAUCCAUCACGACGUUCCGCUCGCUGCGGCAGGACGUGCUAAGCGAUCUGCAAAACAUCGACAAAGUGCAGGGCGUCAAGUGGAAACGCUACCCGACGCUCAACAAGCUGCUUAAAGGCCAUCGCAAAGGAGAGCUUACCGUACUGACGGGACCGACCGGCUGUGGCAAGACUACCUUCAUGUCGGACUACUCGCUCGAUCUGGCCCAGCAGGGCGUUUCGACGCUUUGGGGUUCGUUCGAAAUCCGCAACACCCGGCUCGCCGUAACGCUGCUCCGGCAGAUGGUGGGCCGACCGCUGGACGAGAACCUUUCGGAGUUUGAGCAGUGGGCGGAUGCGUUCGAGCGGCUGCCCAUCUACUUCAUGACGUUCCACGGCCAGCAGCCGAUCAAGAUCGUGAUGGAAGCGAUCGAGCACGCACAGUACGUGCACGACAUCCAGCACGUGAUCAUCGACAAUCUGCAGUUCAUGAUGGGGGUGCUGGACGAGGCGAAGCAUCUGGACCGGUACUGGAAGCAGGAUGCGAUCAUUGCCGCCUUUCGCACGUUCGCCACCAAGCGCAACUGCCACGUGACGCUGGUGAUCCAUCCGCGCAAGGAGCGCGACACGGACGAGCUGACGACGAGCUCGAUCUUUGGCGGGGCGAAAGCGUCCCAGGAAGCGGACAAUGUGCUGAUCAUACAGGACAAGCGGUUAACGUCCGUGCGGGGUAAGAAGUAUCUGCAGGUAGCGAAAAACCGGUACAGCGGCGAUCUUGGCAUUAUGCCGCUAGAUUUCGACAAGGCUAGUCUCAGCUACGCUCAGCGCAAGAAGAAACCGGACGGUGACGAUGGAGGGUCGAACGAAGGGCCGGCUGGCAGUCAACAGAUUGAUCGGACGGUUAGACAAGCGUUUUAAGGUGGAAUGCAGACGCCAGCGAAAGGUAGUAGUGUACAGAAAGCAGACGAAAGGUGUAGUGGUCGUUAAAAAAAACAGAUUGCAUUUCAAACUGCCAAGAGUAAAGUGAGUCAUAAAUAUACAAAUAGA